UCAUACUAUAAAUCCUCUCCUCUUUCUUCACAUAUAAUUACAUAGACUCUCUCUCUCCCCCUCUCUUCCCCCUCUUUCUUUCUGUGCUGAGAAUUGAAGGAGAAACGCAAAACAAGGAUGUGUGGAGGUGCAAUCAUUUCUGAUUUUGUGCCGGUGACCACUCGUGGCCGGAAAUUAACGGCGGAGGAGCUUUGGUCUGAGCUCGACGUCUUUACUGAUCUAUGGGGCUUGGAUUCUAUGAGGAAGGAAGCCCCUAAGCCGGUCGAUGAUUCCAAGGCCUCCCAAACGCCGACUAACCACCCCAACCAUGUAGUGACGAGCGAGAAAGCCGAGAAGCUGAGCCAAGCCGCGGAUAAGCCGGGGAAAACUCGGCGACCUCGGAAGAACAUGUACAGAGGGAUCAGACAGCGGCCAUGGGGAAAAUGGGCAGCCGAGAUCAGGGACCCUCACAAGGGAGUUCGUGUCUGGCUCGGCACCUACAACACCGCCGAGGAAGCCGCACGAGCCUACGAUGAAGCCGCCAAACGCAUCCGCGGCGACAAGGCCAAACUUAACUUCGCCCGACCACCAACACCACCACCUCCGGCCAGGACUGUAACUCAGCCGCCGCCAGCUAAGAAGAGAUGCAUAUCUCCUGAGUUGGCUCGGGCGAGUUUACAGACAACGGGACCACCACCACCGCCGGCGCCAGCGGUGGCACUACAACCAGUUUAUCCUCGAUACCAUCAGGUGAACUUCGGUUAUGGAAACGAGGGUUAUAACCCGAGCGAGAAUGAGCUGAAGGAACAGAUAUGGACCUUGGAAACGCUGCUGGGAUUGGAUAGGGAUGAUCAGGUGCAGGUGAGUGGAAGUGGAGAGUCGUCUGAGUCGGUGGAGUCGUCAAACUCGGGCGACCUGUGGAUGCUUGAUGAUGUGGUGACUCAUCACCAGCAACAUCCCCACCGUCUGGUUUACUAAAUCAAUACCUCCAUGGCUGGCGAAGGGAAGUGAUGAAGCUGGUAGGUAUUGAAAGUUGAAGCAUGCAAUGGUAGUGGGUGUUUUGUUUGUUUGUUUAGGGUUUGAAUUAGGUAGAAAUUUGUAGUGGGUAAUUAUGGUGUUUUAACAGCGGGUAAAUAGGAAAAUAAGCAUGUUGGUGGGUGCUGCAUGCAUCAUCUUCCUUCUCUUGUCUCCUGGUUUGGGUCUGUUUCUAAAUCUUGGACUAUGCCCGGGAUGUCGGUGCAUUGUACCAGAUUUUCUUGCUUUAUUUAUCUCCUCCUUUAA